UCUUUUUGCUCUUGAAACAACAUGUUGUAAUAUAAAUAUUGUGAACUCAUAUGAAUAUUACUUUUACUCUUUUUAAGCAUAAUCAAAAAUGAUGAGAAUGGAUUGAGUACUAGACGGUUUGCUGUUGUUUCAUGAAAAGGUCACAGUUUAGCCACAUUGCUGAAUUUGAUCCUUUUGGAUGGGCUGCCAUGGCCGUGAAAAGGCCAGCCAAGUUGCGAGUUAUUCGUGCAGUGAUAAAGGACAAAAUGGACAAGACUUUUUCACUACGAAGACAGGACGUUGUGGGAAAGGAAUCAGGAGUGGAAGAGAUGAAAGAGAGAUGGCCUGCAUUGUUCACAAUGGAUGAGGUCAAUGCUGAAUUCAUGAGGAUCACAACUGUUCCACUUCAACCGCGAUUCCUGGCUUCCUUGGACAAGCACCACAGCAAGCUGAUUGACAUCAUCAGAAACAAGGGAGGAGUUGUCAGGGAGAAGACCCGGAACAUACUGAAAGUUCUUGAUCAAAGCCUCGAGGUGAAUCAAAAAAGAGAGUGUCUGCUGAAGUGCCUUAUUCUGUACCUUGGGGAAGACGUGGACAAACUUAUCAAGGAGUAUCUGGUUGUGCAGAAGGAUGAAGCUGAAACCGAGCUUGAGAGGUGUACAAUGGCAGUGUUUGUCAUCAGGGAGGAGGAGGAUCCUCUCCAGCCACCGCAUGACAUUGGGAUUGUUCUUGAAGGUGUGGAAGUCCUUAAUGAGUUGCCAUCGGUCGCACAUGCAUGUGCCAUGUUAUUUGGCUUCAUCUAUGCUCUAAACUUGAGCUAUCCAGGUGAGCUCAAAUACACUUUUGAUGCACUACAGAAAAUAUUCAUGGAGAUAGAGCCAAAGAAAAUGACACGCAAAGUGUGCAGUCUGAGUGUCAAGCUCUAAAUACUGGAUCAAUCAAGAAAGACAUUUGGAUACAGCAUGUUUUUUGUUCUGUUUUAUAGCUUGUAUUCAAAUACAUUCCAAGAUGAUGGAAGAGUUUCAUUGUUAAUUGUAAAUAAGAGAGAGAAACAGACUUUAAUUCAAAACUGGCUCCAGAGGAUGCAUUGCCAGCAAAAAAAAAGUGGAAAGGCCAACGACAUACCUAACAGAGACUGUCACUUUUAAGUGAUGUGAAGAAGCGAAACAACUGUGCAGUGAUAAAGGACAAAAUGGACAAGACUUUUUCACUGCAAAGACAGGACAUUAUGGGAAAGGAAUCAGGAGUGGAAGAGUUGAAAGAUAGAUGGCCUUAAUUUCAGAUUUUCCCUGUUAACAGAAUUAUUUCUGUGGUAUAAAUAUUGUGGCACUGUUAUUAACACUGAAAUGUGAAUAAUGCUAAAUUCACAAUGACCAGCAAUUCAGUACUAGUAAUGGUAAUGUUCUUAAACUGACUUAUGCACAAAAGAGCAAGCUUUGUUCAUAGAUUGCACCCCCAGCAAUUGAACUGCACUUUUCCUUGGUUGUUUUUUUGGGUC